AUGGCUUCCUCCGUAGAAGAAAGACUAGAGAAAAACCUGGAAUGUGGAAUUUGCUUGGAAUCAUUCCAGGAGCCAAAAGUGCUGCCCUGUCAGCACACCUAUUGUAAAAAGUGCCUUGAACGAAUUAUCUUUAGGGCUUCUGGAGGGCGUGUGCAGAAAAUCACGUGUCCUGAGUGCCGAGUAGAAACGAAGCUUCAACGAGGUGGCGUCGCAAGUCUUCCUUCCAGUUUUCUAAUCAAGAGGCUCUUGGAAGUUAACAGUGAUGCCCAACUCGAUACAUCCGCAAACUGUGAGAAACACCCAGAAGAACAAGUAGAUCUUUAUUGCGAUUGUGGUGAACCGAUAUGCAGAGCAUGCGCAGUGAUAGAUCAUCGUCUCCACUCGAAUCAACCUUUGAGUAAGGUAUUUGCUCGUGAGAAAAAAAUGAUAGCAACACUUUUAGAAAAAGCAAAACCACAAAUGUCUGCUUUAAAGGCAGAAAUUUCGUCUAGAGAGGGUAUCGAAGAAGCAUUGCAACAAAACUGUUCAGAUAUUAACGAACAAAUUGAAAACUUCGUCAAUGCUAAAAUUGCUCAGUGGGAGAGUAAAAGGGAAAGUUUGAAGAAAGAUCUGAGAGAAAUGUCCGCAUCAAAGGUUGAUAGCCUGAAACGACGAAGGGAAGCACUCCUUUUGCUAGUAAGUAGAGUAGAGAAUGUCAAAGACAUUAUCAAGAAAUGUGGCCGUAGUUGUGAAAAGAAAGUGGAAUUCUUGCGUAAGAAAAGUCAGUUCGAUGAGCACCUAAAAGAAUUAAAUGCAACUUCUCAACAUAUUCAGCCUUGUAAUAAAGUUACCAUUCAGCUUGAAGAAAUCCACCCCCUGAAGAUAUAUCCCAACGGACACGACGUCUCUAAUCAGGCAAAAAUUCGACUUCUUGAGUUUGACAAACAAGGAAAUCGUGUUGGACCAUCCGCUAAUUCAGAUUUUAUUGACUUAUUUAAUAACUGGAUAAUGCUUUCUUGUUUUUUAUUUCUUAUGGGCCUAAUCUUCUUUUUCAAGUGUCUUGAUUUGGGUAAAUGA